AUGGACGGAAUGAAAGAGCCCAAGCCCCAGUGUGGCGCUAAGAAGGGUGGUCAAUCGGCUGAGUAUGAUGUUGGCCUUCACGUUGCUGGUCUUUUUUUGGUCCUGGCCUUUUCCAUCUUUGGCGCUGGCUUCCCAGUUGUGGCCAAGAAGGUCAAGUGGAUGAAGGUUCCUCCCAAGGUCUUCUUCGCAUGCAAGCAUUUCGGUACAGGCGUGCUCAUCGCGACGGCGUUUGUGCAUCUGCUUCCCACCGCCUUCGGCAAUCUCAUGAACCCGUGCCUCCCGGAUCUCUUCACCGACGACUACCCACCUCUUCCAGGUGCCAUCAUGAUGGGAUCCAUGUUCAUUCUGUUCAGUAUCGAGAUGUGGAUCAAUGCCAAGAUUGGCGGCCAUUCCCACGGAGGACCUACUGGUGAUGUGAUGCACGACCACGGUCACGGAGCCGUCCAGCCUGCCCGGCCUCCUCGUUAUGGCCGCAACAGCUUCGAUGCCGAGGCAGACAGCAUUGACUUUGAGAAGCGAGUCGCACAGCGCGCGUACGACGACGAGAAGUCACGCUUCCCCGCGCCUUACUCGGAGACUGUGUAUGGAGCGCCACCACCCGCCAACACCAACUUGUCCGACUCUGACAUGCCGCCUUGGUUCGUCGUUUUCUACGAGCAGUAUGUGCGCCAGCGUAUGGAGAUGAUGAACAUGAUCCGAACCACCCAGGAGAAGCAGACGUCGUCGCAGGUUGCUGUUACGGAGGUCAAGCAGGAAGAUCCGUUUUAUGAUGCCGAGGGUCAACAGGUUGACCCCGCUGUGUAUCGCAAGAUGUCUCUCAACAUUACCAUGCUUGAAGGUGGUAUCCUGUUCCACUCAGUGUUUGUCGGCAUGACCAUCUCCAUCACUAUUGAUGGUUUCAUCAUUCUGCUCGUCGCUAUCCUGUUCCACCAAAUGUUUGAGGGUCUUGGUCUUGGUUCCCGUAUUGCCGCUGUGCCGUACCCCAAGGGCAGCAUUCGUCCCUGGGUGUUAGUCGUCGCUUUUGGCACCACAGCCCCCAUCGGACAGGCCAUCGGACUUCUCACCCGCAGCAGUUACGAUCCCGACAGUGCGUUCGGUCUCAUCAUCGUCGGUGUAUUCAACGCCAUAUCCUCUGGCCUGCUGCUCUACGCUGCUCUCGUCGAUCUUUUGGCCGAAGAUUUCCUCUCAGAGGAGGCUAACCGCCUUCUUUCCAACAAGCAAAAGAUUACUGCCUUUUGCUACGUUCUCGCCGGAGCUGCGGGCAUGUCAAUUGUCGGUAUCUUCGCCUAA